AUGAUAAGAGUAUCUCUGUACCGGAAACAGAUAGACUUCUGCAAGGAAUGUGGCAGGUUCGGCCACAGACCUGACGUGUACCCAAGACCAGAUAUCAAACUGUGCCCAAUUUGUGGAUUAAAGAACCCCACCAAUGGACACGAGUGUACGUCCCAGUGCCGAACAUGUGGUGAGGCGCACCCCACGGCUGACCGGAUGUGCAAGGCCAAAUACAAGGUGCCGCACAUAGCGAAGCAGAGAAGGUGGAAGGCCAGGUUCAGAGACUUUCAAGAGCGAACCCCGUCACCAUCGGAUAGCAAUGUUGGUGCGGUGGAAGGGGGCCGCCCUAGUCGCUCGAGAUCCAGAACCCGCUCCCAACAGGUCAUGGGUUCGUCAACCAGAUCCGGAUCCCCCUCGCCGGUAAAAAGAAGGAGCAAAAGUCGUAGUACGAGCAGAAGUCGGAGUCGGAGCAGAAGCCGCAGCGAGAACCGACAUCACCCCCAACAAGACAUAGGAGGGGCCACACCUGGCGGAAAACAGAAAGGGCCGCACAAAAUCACCUGGCAUGACAUACUCACGGGAACAAAGGCGGACUCCACACAGGGGCACCCUCUCUCCGGCCGCCCGUGGGCAGCCGCCGACCCCGGCCUGGCAGCGAGGAUGGAGAACAUGGAGAAAGAGAAUAGGGAGCUUAGACAAGAGUUGGCCAAGGCCAGAAAGCAGAAUGAAAAAUCAACGCGGAAAAUUGAGGAGCUACAACAGACACUGAACGAAAUCCUCGGGUGCGACUGUUCUCACAACAAAUCCGUGCAGGGCGGGGCCUCGCCGCGAUGA